UUCCCCCCAAGUUCCCAACCCAACCGGCAUCCCUUCCCAAUGUAAAUUUCCACUCGGUCUCCCCUUCUACCUCUCCAGAGUCGAUAAUCACAGCUCCUUCUUCAAACCCAGAUGCCAAUUUGUCUUUUUGAAUCAGUUCGAGCCGGGAGCAUGCAAAUUUUAGUUAAUUUCAAUAGGAUGAUCGAGGAAUCUGUGAGGUAAAUAUCCUUUUAAGCGUAAAGAUCAGCCCCAGUUUCAGUCAUGGACGAGAUAACGACGGAUACCUACGACGAGGUUUCACCAGAUAUUGAGUUGUUCGGGAAGUACGAGCUGGGGAAGUUGAUCGGAAUCGGAGCAUUUGCGAAAGUUUAUCACGCCCGGAAUAUGCGAACGGGACAAAGUGUGGCCAUUAAGGCCGUUAGUAAACAGAAGAUCGUUAAGGGAGGGUUGACGGCGCACAUUAAGAGGGAGAUCUCUAUCAUGCACCGGUUGCGCCACACUCACAUCGUGAAAUUGGUUGAAGUCAUGGCGACGAAAGCCAAGAUCUAUUUCGUGAUGGAGUUCGCCAAGGGUGGAGAGCUCUUCACUAAGAUUUCCAAAGGAAGGUUUAGCGAAGAACUCAGCCGUCGAUAUUUUCACCAACUAAUCUCGGCCGUCGGUUAUUGUCACUCACAAGGAGUAUUUCACCGCGAUUUGAAACCCGAGAAUCUCCUGCUCGACGAAAACUGCGAUUUAAAAGUUUCGGAUUUCGGACUCAGCGCCGUUAAGGAUCAGAUCCGACCCGACGGUUUACUUCACACUCUGUGCGGCACUCCUGCUUACGUGGCACCAGAGAUUUUAGCGAAGAAAGGUUACGAUGGUGCGAAGGUAGAUAUCUGGUCAUGCGGCGUCAUAUUAUUUGUUCUCAACGCGGGCUAUCUACCGUUCAAUGAUUCUAAUCUAAUGGCUAUGUAUCGAAAGAUUUACAAAGGCGAGUUUCGGUGCCCAAAGUGGACGUCUCCUGAUCUGAAACGUUUCUUACACCGGCUUCUCGAUACGAACCCCGAUACUAGAAUCUCAAUUGAUGAAAUUGUCCAAGAUCCGUGGUUCAAACAAGGUUACAAGGAGAAAAUAUCUCCGGAUUUUGAUGUUAAAGACUUGGGAAAUAAUCAGAACGAAAAAGGUUUAAAUGCUUUUGACAUUAUCUCCUUCUCCUCCGGCUUCAACCUGAGCGGUCUUUUCUCUGAUUACUACGAUAUUUCGGCCAGUGAUGAGAGGUUUUUAUCGGCGGAAAAACCCGAUAAAAUAAUAGAGAGAAUUGAGGAGGUGGCUAAGAGGAAGGAUGAGAAAAUGGUGAUUGUGAAGAAAAAAUGGGGGGCAAAGUUUGUGGGACAGAAUGGUAAUUUCGUUUUGGUUAUAGAGAUUUACCGGUUAACGGAUGAGUUAGUGGUUGUGGAUACCAAAACGACGGAAAGAGAGGUUGGGCCUAGCCGUGAAAUCUGGAGAGAGAAGGUGAGACCGGAGCUGUUGGCAAUGAUUUAUCAACCGGGAGAGACAGUUGCCGAUGAUGCCUAGAUGCAUGCAGCUCGUGUCCGUGGCGUGGCUCUGUAAAUCAUUGUAUUCGAUAAAUUAGCAAUUGAUAUGUGUAAAUUAUGUUUUUGAAAUUUAAAUUAAAAAGAAAAAUCUUUUUAAUUCUAAUUUUUAAAUA